CUUGCAUGUUCUUCUUCUUUCUUCCCGCUAGCCGAAAGCAUCCCGGCAACAAAAACAACAACAACGUGUUGGACAUUCUGAAUUCGGAAAAUUAAUUAGUUUAUUCCUGUACAACUUCUACAUCCCGGUGGCCAACUAGUAGACACUGCACCUAGCACAUCCCUAUCAACCACUUGACUCCGAGCCAAAAUGAGUGACAGCAGCGUGCCAGUUUUUGAGCUCGGUGAUCCCUUGUCCACGCUUGGGACCAACACGGUGACUGGCGUCUUUGUGCCGGGUAACAAGAUCGCCUUAAGCGCCUACCGGCAUGUAAAGCACAAUUCGCGGGAUGAGCCCACCGAGACAGCUGGCGAGGCGCCCGUCCUCAUCUACAUGACCCAGGAGACAACGCUGUUUGACGAGCCAGUGCUACGCAGUAUCCUUGCCGAGGCGAACGCCACCUUUGUCACGCUGCAGCAGCUGGGAUUGGAGGCGUCGCGUGCCAAAUAUGUGAAUAUUUCACGGGCAUACCGCAGCAUUGUGCGCGCCUCUCUGGAGAAGCUGCAUCUAGCCAAGAUGUCACCAGAGGUGCAGACGGAUGAGAAGCGGCUGCAGCGCUUCACCGAUGCCAUCAUUGUUUUCUAUGCGGCCGAGUGCUUGUGGCAUCUCUUUGAGAUUCUGUAUGUCCAAAACAAUCAAAUGGUUGUACGCCAACUUCUGGAAUGGGCUCGUUUCCAUUCCCCGCAAACCGAGGAUCGCGCCACCGAUCUAGUGCUGAUGGAAGAGGAAGCCAGCGAAGCGGAUGACUAUUGGAGCAUCCUCAAGUCGCUGAUUCUGUUGGGCCAGGUGGAUUUCGUACGGGCCAUGCUCUCACAGAAUCGCAAGGCUGGACAGCCCGCAUUUAGAGCAGCCGAGUUAAUCCUGAAGUCCAUGCCUGUUUACCAAGAGGGAUAUGCCCUGCAGAAGUUCAAUUCGCAGUGGGAGCACUGGCAUGUGGACACCCAGCGCAAGAUUACGGCCAAUGUGUUUGCCACAGAGCCAGAACUGGAGCAGCUCCUCAAACUGGUUGCGGGCGACAAUAAGGAGUGGGAUGCCGGCAUCAUGGAGUCACAGGAUUGGUACGAAUACCUGCCGGGAUAUCUGCUGUUUACGAAGCCCACCUGCAAACCCUACGAGCUGCGUAUAGCCGCCUCCAAUUGGCUGAACCGCUGGACAUUGCUGCGCCCGGACAAGCAGCUGACCAAUAUGAGCCGCAUGGUCACCCAGCUGAUGGAGCACGACAUCAAGUUGUUUAUAUUCGAGGCCCAGAAGCUGAACGACACGCACUGGUUUUCCACGCAUCUUAUAGACCUAAUCUAUCAUUCCGGUCAGCUAAAGAGCUACUUUGAUCAGCACAACAUCGACCUGCCCGCCCUGCGUCACUCUAUGAUCUACGAGUACGGCAGCUACCUGAUGGGCUCACAUAAUCUUUGGCAGCUGGGCAUCGAUUACCUGGACUGCUGCAAGCAAGAGGGCAAGGCCACAAUAGAGCUGCUCCUGCCACGCAUCCCCAUACGCAGCGAACGACUGGCCACCAAGCUCAUCAGUCUGGCCAGGCAGCGGGGACUCGUGAGCGUUGAAGAGGAGAUAUGCAAGGUUCUUGCCAAGCGAUCGUACGAUAAUCAGCGCUACAGCAAUGCCCUGGAAUGGGCCAUACGCUCCAAGGAUGUGCGGCUGGUCACAGCGAUUGCUGACCAUAUACUGAAGCAUUGCUCGGAGACCGGCAAGCUGCUGUGUGGCGACACCCUGACCUACAUAGGAGGUCGUAUGUUUGCCUCGCCGCGCCUGGUCUUCCUUACCAAGUACCAUGAGUUCCAUCAAUUCUAUCACAACCGUGACUUUCUGGUGGCCUCCGAACUUCUGGUCAAUCUAUUGGAAUCCAAAAUAACCCCCAAUUACUUUUGGCCCUCGUUGAUCAUGGAUGCCUUGCCGCUGCUUGAGUCCAGGGAUCCCAAAAUCUUUGCCAAGGAAACGAUAACCAUUUUGCAUCAAAUUGAAACGGCGCUGGUGCCGAUCAUAGAGCAGAACAAGGAGAAGCAUGGCCAUGACCACACUGCUGCCUUGUUGAAGGACUAUCGGGCGGAAAACAUAGCUGAUAUCAUGAACUUCAUGCGCCUGGCCUGCGCCCGCAAUCUGGCCAGGGCUUUGAUCUUUGAGAACACAGUGAAAUAGGCUUUUCCUCGUUUAUGUUUAGUGUAAUUUAUUCUUGUAUCUUUCACUUUUCCAAUACAUUGUGUGUAAUUUGUUAUA